CGUUUGCAACAGGACGUUAAGAUCAGAUGGAGCAGUACGAAGAUGAUCGACAGCUUAGUGCAUUGUAAGCGGGCACUACAGGCCUAUGCAUCGGAUAGCAACAGCAAUCUUCCAGCCACAUAUAAAGGCAACCAAUGGUCACUGUUAGAGAAAAUGGUGACAGUUCUUAAACCCUUCAAAGAGCUGACAGCCGAGGUCAGUACAGCCUCUGCCACAACAGCUGAUGUUAUCCCAUCUGACCAAGUCCUGACGCGCUUUCUGGACAGUGAGAGUGAAGAACACCGAGGGAUUCACACCAUGACGGCCACAUUACUCGAUGCGGUUCACACACGUUUUGACCAUGUGGAAACCGAACCCCUCCACUCUGAGGCAACAAUGCUAGAUCCACGCUACAAAGACGGGUUCUUCCCUAAUGCUACCAACCUGGAUCAGGCAAAAGAGGCACUAAAGGUAGAGGUGAUGAAAAUAGAACAAGAACUGAAGACCAUGGCCUCUGGAGAAGGUGUGGCUGAGGCUGAGCCAGAAAGCUCAACCAGCAGCCUGGGCAGCUACUUUGACAAGAUACUGGAGGAGACAGCAGUGGCUGGUCAGUCUGAGCAGAAGAUCACCCCAGGGGUGAGAGACAAUCAGGCUUGUCUACCCACCCUGGCAGCAACAGCAGCCAAGUUCCUCAGUGCUCCUUGCACAAACGUUGAGAGGGAGAGGCUUUUUCGUGCAGUUUCACUCAUCAUUGAUGAACACAGGAGCAGACUGACACCUAAGGAUGUUGAAAUGCUCGUCUUUGUAAAAAAGAAUCUCCCCAUCAUGCUCGGACUGCAGCUGAAGGGA